AUGCAUGUGCUGUUGCUUGAAUGCUCUUCUGUGCCCUCCUCUGGCCCUCUUUGCCCUCCCGUUCUCCUCUUUCCCCUCCUGUACUCCUCUGCGCCCCUCCCAUGCUCCAAUGCGUUCGUCCCGUCCCCUGUCCUGUUACAGGUGGGAACCAAGGACCCAGAGCUAGUGGCGGUGUGGAUGCAAGCCAUUCGGGAGACAAUAGAACAUAACGUGGCGCCAACUAUCCGAAUGCCUCUGACCCGUCCCACCAGCACCAACAGCCUGUCGGACGAGGAGGAGGGGGAAACGCCACCACACCCCAACAUGUCCUCCUGCCGCGAUUCCAUGGACAGCAGUGAGCCGUUCGAUGGGGACGAGAUGGGGGGAGACGACCUGCCAACACCGCAGCGAGUGCUGCUCGACAGACGAGGCCCCAUUGGCUUCGGCCCCCCCAUGGAGCUGGGCGGCAUGCUCGAGGCCAUGGUGGCGAUGCGGAGUGCAUCAACAGCAUCAGGGAUCGCAUCCGACGGCUCCUGGCGCCUCAUCAAGCUAUCCAACGGGCUGCGUUUCUUUGAGGAGUUGAACGAGGAGCGCGGGCAGGCGGGCAUGUGUGGCAGCCUGCCGUGUCUGAGUGCUGUGGGAACAGUGGACGCCCCUAGUGAUGCCGUUUUUCGACUCGUCCUCGACCUCUCCUCCUCUCGCAACGAGUGGGAAGUGGCAUACGGGGGUGCACGAAUGGUAGAAGCUCAAGACGGUCACACGGACUGCAUCCACUACCGCUUCCGACCGCUCCCAGUCGGCUUCGGCCCCUUCACCCUCACAGCGCGCGACGUGUGCCUGCGGCGCUACUGGCAGCGCACAGGCGACGGCUGCUACGUGGUCCUUUACCAAUCUAUGGAGCACCCCCUAUGCCCCCCUGUCAUGGGCUGUGUGCGCGCCAAUCUCACUUACGGAGGGUUUAUCAUCGCCCCAGCAGGGCCGUCGGCGAUCGGACGGUCGGUAGUGAUGCAUGUGCUGCAGAUGGAUGCAAAGGGGUUGCUGCCGAUGUGCUCCGGUGUUGCGACCGAAGUGCAUUUCUACCUGCUGUCCAGAGUUGCGGGCAUUCGGGAGUUUUUCGCGCAGACGAGGGGGGAUUCGCUGGCUGCGCUGCUGAGACUGCGGGACACGCAACAGGCUACAGCUGCUGCUACAGCUGCGGCUGUAGCGGCUGCGGAAGGGAGGGAGCUUGGAGGGGGUGGGAGGAAGGGGAGCAGGCGGGACCGGGAAGACGGGCGGAUUGGGCCGAUACCAGAAGGGGGAGGGGAGGAGUUUGAGGAGGUGGAGAGGGGUGGACGGGAGAGGAGGAGAGGCAGCAGUGGGGACUUGAUGGGUGGGGAGUUCAGCGGUAGUGACGCCGGCAGCACUGUUUCAGAGCCCUUACCCGGCACAAGCAGCUUCUUUGGAGCAAGAGGAGCACCAGGAGGAGCAGCAGCAGGAGACGCAGCAGCGGCUGCUAAGGCCUUGCUGUCUGAAACCCUCCCUGUCGCCUCUCCUAGGUUCUGGCAGCUAGGUUCCCGACCCUCCACCGGGUCUCGACUGGCUGGUUCGGCAAGGGCGGCAGGUUCGGUAGACCCUUGGGCAUGGGCGUACAAGACUGGGAACCUGGCCCGGGGGUCGCCGAUGGGGGGGAUCAACUGCUGGAGUGAAGCAGAGGUUCGGAACUUUACAGUGCGGUCGAAAAGCUAUUUGAGGGAUAAGAUGAAGCAGAGUGCGGGGCAGCCAGGGAUGGCGCUGGUGGCUGUGGAUUGGUUGAAGCGCGUGGAGAGGAUCGACCAUGUGGUGGAGCUCAAGAGGACUCCUGUGCAUGUGAGUUCUGUGGACUCCUUUGGGUGUGAGUGUUCGGACCUCCAUGCUUGUGGUGUAGGGGGUGGGAAUAGAUCAGCAAUGGUGGCUGUGGAUUGGCUGAAGCGAGUGGAGAGGAUUGACCAUGUGGUUGAACUGAAGAGGACCCCCGUGCAUGGGUGGAAUGGGCCGUUGUUGGUGGCUGUGGAUUGGCAGAAGAGGGUGGAGAGGAUCGACCAUGUGGUUGAGCUCAAACGGACCCCCGUGCAUUGUGCUGACUCCCGUGCAUGUGAGUGUGCUUUUUCUGUUGCGUCUGAUUCACCCCAUGCGCCCCUGCCUCCUCUCGUGUGCCCAAUGCACCUCCAUAGCGCUCCUUGCCCGUUGCCCCUCACGCCCAUCCCCCCCCACCCCUUCCAUCAGGGCAUGCGCGAGAUGAUGGCAAGGAGUGACGCCUCAUGCGGCCCUGCCUCCCCUCAUGGCAUGCGCGAGAUGAUGGCCAGCAGUGACGCCUCGUCGCGGCCAUACUUCUUCAUUGUGAAUAUGCAGGUGCCAGCAGCGCAGCAGUACAGCAUGGUGUUCUACUGGGCCAUGGAUGAACCGCCAACAGAUUCGUCCAUACUGGGGCAGUUCAUCAACGGGGAUGACAUCUUCCGCAACACACGCUUCAAGCUCAUUCCCCGCAUCCACCAGGGCGCAUGGGUGGUGAAGCGGAGUGUGGGGACGAGCCGCUCAUCAUUGCUGGUGCUCUCACCGUGCAGUACUUCAAAGGACCCGACUACUUUGAGGUACAGUGCAAUCUGUCCACGAUCUCCUGAUGACACCACUGGAAAACAGGUGGAUGUGGAUAUUGGGUCAUCAGCUGUGGCCAAUGGGGUGGUGAGCAUGGUGGGCGGAAGGAGCGGCGGAAUGGCGAGGGGGAGCAGUUUUGGCGAAGGGAUUGGCGGAAGGCGGGGGGGAUUCGCCACGCCCGCGCUGCCUGGCGGAGUUAUUGGUCCUCCAGGCCUGGGGGGCGGAAGAAUCAUGGGGGUUGCAGCAGCAGGGGGAGGCGGAGCGUUAGGAUAUACCGCGGACAGCGCAACCAUAGGCGCGGGGAUGGCGGAGGGGAGGCUGGAAAGCUUGCUGGCGGAGGCGCUACUUGGGGGAGGGGCUUUCCAGGCUCUAACGGGGGGAGGUUCUUUCCAGGCGCUAGCCGGGGGAGGUGCUUUUCAGAGGCCUACAGCUCCCCAGGUGUCACCUGUAGUAGGCAGGGAGGUGGGAACUGGUGCAGGUGGUAACCAGGCGUUACUUGAGCUGAUGAGAAUGUCAGGGCUCGCUAGUAGCCUCCCUCUCAACCGUACUGUAUCGAGCAGCACCGGGAGCGGAUACCACUCAGCUAGCCUACCAACCAGCUUUGACCUGAAUUACGCUGUUCUGGCUGCUGCUGCCGCCGCCGCCGCUGCGAGCAGCGCACAUGGCGGCGCUAGCAGCCCAUAUGGCGGCGCUAGCAGCGCACAUGGCGGCUUCCCCAGGUCUGGGCUGGGAGGGGGGAGCACAGGGGGAGGGUACGUGAGCGGAGGUGUCGUGGGCGGGGGGUGUGUGAGCGUAAGGGGCGGUGGGGAAGGAGGCGCGGGGAUGGCGGAAGGGGAGAGCGAUGGGGAUGGGUCGGGGGAGGAGGAGGAGGGCGGAGAUGGCGCCCCUCGCGCCAGCACCAACGCCAAAGGCCAGUGGACGCCGAUGUUUCCACCCACCUCCCUCCUCCCUCCCCUUUCUCCCCCCUUUCCCCCAAGAGCAGGAGGACGUGAUAUUGAGGCGGCUGGUGGAAAGGGGAGGGCCGCAGUGCUGCCCUUCUUGCUUGCUAUUGCAGAGGAGGACGAGAUUCUGAGGCGGCUGGUGGAGAUGGGCGGGGGCGCAGCUCACUUGAAAAUAUCAUCUUCUCUCUUCCCCUCUCCCCACCCGUCUCCCCUCUUGCCUCAACAGGAGGAGGACGAGAUUCUGCGGCGGCUGGUGGAGAGGGGAGGGGCGCGGCGGUGGUCCACCAUUGCAGCGCACCUCAAGGGGCGCGCGGGGAAGCAGUGCCGCGAGCGCUGGCACAACCACCUCAAGCUGGGGAUCAAGAAGGACGCGUGGACGGAGGAGGAGGAGGAGACGCUGAUAGAGGCGCACAAGCGCGUGGGGAACAAGUGGGCGGAGAUUGCAAAGCUGCUGCCUGGGCGGACGGAUAACAAUGUGAAGAAUCACUGGAAUUCGACUGUGAGGCGGAAGGAGGACGUGGGGCGGACAGGGGGGAAGGUCGGGGGAAAGCCCACGCUGCUGCUGAGGUAUAUACAGUCGUUGAAAGGGGGGAAGGAUGGGGGCGGGGGGAAAAAGGGGAAGGGUGAGGGGGGGAAGGAUGGGGGGCGGGGGAAGGAGGCAGCAGGGAAGGAGGAAGAGGGAGGGGAGGAGAAGGGUGGAGGGGGGGAGGAAGGAGAGGAGGGUGGGAGAGAUGGGGGAAGUGAAGGAGGGAAAGAGAAAGGAGGUGGGAGAGAGGGAGGAGGAAAGGGAGAGGAAAGGGAGGGAGAGAAGGAAGAGAAUGGGAGUUUAAAGAACGGGGAGGAUGAGCGGGGGAGAGAUAAGGGAAUGCAAGAGGUGAGGGAAGGGAGGUAUGGGAGGGCAGAUGGUGAGGAUGGGGAUGGGGAUGGGGGUAGGGAUGGGGAUGGUGUUAGGGAUGCAGGUAAGAGGGAGAAAGAAGAGGAUGGUUCAGUUUUGAGAGGAAGGGAAGAGGAUGCUUCGGGGGUUGACCAUUCGGGAAUAAAAACAGAAGAGACACGGGUAGGCAAGGAGAAAGGAGAAGAGAAACGGGUAGGGGAGGAGGGGGGAGGAGAGGCACGGAUAAGCGAGGAGAGGAGAAACGAUCAACGAGCAGGAGAGGAGAAGACGGUAGAGAUGAGAGAUGGGGAGAAGGAAAGGAAGGAAGCGAUGGGGUUGGGAGGAGGGUUGGGAGGAGGGUUGGGAGGAGGGUUGGGAGGAGGGUUGGGAGAAGACGGAAGCGCUGUGGGUGCAGCAACAGCACAGGGGGGCGAGAAACGCAUAGGGGCGAGCAGUGAAGCCGUGAAGAGGGGUUCUGAGCUUGAGGGGAGGGAGGGGCCGAGACAGUCCCAUGUGAACGCAGAAGAGCGGCGGUGUGAAGUAAUGGCAGAGGAGCAGAUUCGUAUGGUAGAAGGGGAGGGGCCUGAUAACAGGCAGACACAGGCGGGGGAGGGGGAAGAGGAGGGGAAGGAGACUCCUGAGUCGCCUCACCAGGCAAGGGUAGGGGAGGAGGAGGAGAAGGAGGAGAGGAAGCAGAAGGCGGAGAAGGAGACGAAAGAGAUGAAGGAGAAGAGGAAGAUGGAAGGAGGAAGAAGAUCCGAGGGUGGGGACAGAGCAGCAGAGGGUACCGGCGAUGCAGUCUCCAUGGAUAUUGAUGUGAACCCACCACGUCACAUCCCCCAGCAGCAGCAGCCUAUCCAUCCGGGGCUCGAACAUACAGCUCAAGGGUUUGUAGAGCAGACGUGUAUGGGGCAACAAUUGGUGGGACAGCAGACGGGUGUGGGGCAGUCACUGGUGGCACAGACGAGUGUGGGCGAUCAGAGGGAUCUAGCGAGGGCUAUGCUUCAACUGGACGCUCUCUCCUCUGCUGGCCUGCUCAUGGGCCUCCCUGCUGCUCUUGCUGCUCCCUCUGCUGCUGCUGCUGCUGCUGCUGCUGCUGCUGUUUCUACUUCUGCUGCUGCUCCUUGCUCGUCUGCGCCCACUCGUGCCCCUCCUGCGUCCCCCUCCACCGUCUCCUCCCCCCGCUCCACCCCCUCCUCUCGGCCCCCAUUCCCUCCCUUUCCUGCCCCAGCACCGCUGUCCACCGCAUUCCCCCGCUCUUUCUCCACCCCUCAAGGCCGAAUCCCUUCUUUCUCCCCCUCUUUGUCAUCUCUCACUGAUUCUCUCCCAAAUAACCCUCUCCAGCAUAUCAACCCCUUCCCGCACAACCCUUCCCUUCCUCUCACCACCUCCGCUUCCUUAUCUGUUCCCUCUACCUCUUCUGCUGCACCCACCAAUCACCCCCUCCCUUGCCUCUCUCGCUUCGCCACAGUGUCAGCUUCCGACCAAUCAGCAGCCGGCGGCCUGACCAGCCGGGCAGCCGAAAUUGCGAGCGGGGUGCAAAAUAUUUUCGACGCUCUCAUGCGUUCAGACAUCCUCCCUGCCCCCUCCGUUCCAUCCUUCCCAUCUCAACCGUCCAUUCCUGAAGCUACACGAAGAUCAGCACCAUUCACACAGCAUCCACAUGCCUCCCUCCCAUCCUCAUAUCACCCUACCCCGAGACCACCUCCCCUCUCCGCCUCCCUCCCGCUUCCCCUCACAUCCUCUUCCCCAGCUCCUUGGGCUGGGGAAAGGAACCCAAGAACUGCAGGAGGGGAGGUAAGCGCGUCUAGUGUGGCAACCACAAGGCGUUUAGAGGGUGGUGGGUUUUGGAUUGGCACCAGCGGUGCUAGUAGCGCUGCUGGUGCUGGUGACACUGCUGCUACUGCUGCUGCUGCUGCUGCUGCUGCUGCUGCUGCUGCUGCUGCUGCUGCUGCUGCUGCUGCUACUCGUGCUGCUGCCUCUGGCAUUGCUGGCAGUAUGUACCAUAACCAAGCCACUCCCUUUGCACCGUCACCCACUCCCUCUGCUCCAUCACCAACCCCUCUGCACCGUCACCACGCCCUCUGCACCAUUCUUGCAUUGGCCUCCCCUCAAUCUCGACCCCUUUCCCCUUCCGUCCCCUUAUUCCCCAACCCUCCCCCACGCCCCUUGCUGCUUAUCUCACUCUGUCCUUUCACCAGCUCGUAA